CUUUUUUUCUAAGGUAUUCACUGGAAAACUUGUCAUUACUCUCUUUUUAAAUGUUUCUAGUUUUGCUAGAAGUAUUUAUAAAACGUUAAAUUUUUCGAACCGAGUCGAGAGGAGAACAUUACCCAAAAUGCCUGGUCAGUACACAAACUACAGGUUCACCCGAGGGACGAUGGUUAUUCUGCGCUGCCUUUGGGCAAUCCUAUAUCUCUGGGGAAUGCUUCACGCGGCUGCCAUAAUACCGAUUCCAAACGAGCGUUGGGAGUCAAAGCUCUGGACCAAGAAACUCAGAUAUGAGCUCAAAUACCAUACCCUCUUCGACCUCGACGGGAAGACGGAGGUCUACGUUUUGGUUCUGGUUGUGGUGCUGCUAUAUGGGCUGUACCACAGCUGCCGUUGCAGCUUCGUUGGAGCUCGAUAUUUGGAGGGGAGAGUGGACAAGCCUCAUCUGGACUACCGCCUCUUGGUCUUCAAGGUUCCCUACCUGGUUGCCUUCGUCUUUUCCUGGGUGUUCAGCACUGGAUUGACGGUGUGCGGAGCACUACUCGUAGCUCUACGGGAUCAGAGUGGCCAUACCCAUGUGCUCUGCUGUCAAUUCGCCAUGGCCAUUCUCUUUAAGCUCCUGGUCUUGGCCAAUUUCUACUCGGUCUGUGUGCGCACUUGGGCCUACUUGAAGAUGUUCGAGGCGGAGACGGACGAGCAUAUGCUGAACUACCAGAACUUCGGCGACCACUUGAACUUAUUCUUUCGCGUUUGAGGAGGUAAAACUAAGUUUGUACCCUCUAUUGCUACCUUCGGAGAAAAUAAAGAUCGUCUAAAAACCGGUUGACUAUAUUAUAGUCAUAGGAAAACCAUUCAUAAACUAAUAAAUCAUAAAGCUGUCAUAGGAACAAUAGAUGAAAAUAUAAAACACUAAUGGAAAA